AUGGGCUUCCUGAACUGGAUCGUGGUCGAGGGCAUCCCGGCGGAUACCAACAAGCAGGACGUCCACAGCAUCAUCAAGCGGUGCCUGCAAGAACGUCGUGGUAAUACCAAUAUGCCGAGAUUCCCAGACACAGAGAAGUUCAAGAUGGGACAUUGGUGUCUCUAUGCUCUUCUGGCCACGGAUGCCAGCUCAGGCAUUGCGUUCUUCCUGGGACAGCACAAGAGGCAAGAGAUGCUUGGACACAAACUCUUGGACGAGGUGACCAUCACGGAAGGACAAUACACCAACAUCGAGUCCCUCGAGUUCCAUGAGAACCCUACUCUGGUCUGGCAUGUCGUGGACUACUCCGACAUCGCUGUCGCCGAGAUGAUCCAACGGAAAAGGACGUAUCAAGGCCAGAAGGACGACCUUGGCGAAAUGCCUUUUCGGGAUGUGCCUACUUGA